AUUAAAGUCACCGAGAUGACAAGCAAAAGUCCAUAUAAGAGUGGGGCUCAUGACUUUCUCCUCGAUUGCCUUUCACGAUACAAAUCAAUUGAAUCUUCAAAAAAAUGCUCAAAGGUACCAUCAUCGUCACAGGCGCCAACGGCGGGCUGGGCUCCGCCAUCGCGGAAAAGCUUCUAUCAGAGGCACCGUAUGCCGAAUACCACAUGAUCUUUACCGUCCGCAGCGUCAAGACUGCAACUGUUCUACAAGAUGUCAUCGAUCGUCAUCGUGGCAAGGGCCAAAUCUUCAGUCAUGAUGUUGUGGCUCUGGACCUGACAAGCCUUGCUUCGGGUCGCAAGGUCGCCGACGACAUCAACGCCCGCGUCGCAGCAGGUACCAUUCCACCUAUCCGCGCCCUGGUGUUGAACGCGGGAUGGCAGGAGUGGACGACAGAGAGCUUCACCGAGGAUGGCUUUGAGAUGGCCUUCCAGACCAACUACCUGACGCACUGGUUGCUCACGGUCAAGUUGCUGCAGAGCAUGGAUAAGAAGAAGGGCAGAGUCGUCGUGUUGGGAAGCUGGUCACAUGAUCCCGAUCAUCAUGGAAACAAUCAUCAAGGCUUCUACAAGGGCGAACAAUGGCGACAGCUCCACCCAAACACUGAGGCCGUAGCCAAGGGAUAUUUCAGCAAGCCCGAAUCCUUGCCCGCUGGCGGACACGGGUUUCGUCGCUACGGAGCCUCCAAGCUUUGCCAGAUCAUGAUGAUCUAUGAGCUGCAAGCACGGCUCGACGCCGACCCGGCCCUCUCCAAUAUUGCCGUCAUGGGAAUCGAUCCGGGAGCCAUGCCCACAACGCUGACACGACGAGCCAGUGCCUUCCUCUUGUUUCUGGGCAAGGUGGUAUUCCCUAUUAUCAUCUUUGUAUCUGGGUGGUUUUCCGAGAAUCCAGACUUUCGAAGCUCAAAGAAGUCGGCAAAGGACGUCGUGGCGGCUGCUCUGUCAGAGGAGGAGCCCUAUGGACGCAGUCCCAAGGCUGUCUACUACAAUGGCAACGAAAUCUCGGCGUCGAGUGCCGAGUCGCGUGACGAGAGGAAGGGCCUUGAACUUUGGAGAAGCAGUGUGGAAUACACUGGCUUGACAGAAGGGGAGACUUGUUUGCGAAAUUGGAAAUAAAUGUUUGGUUCUAGUUCUAGAUUUGUUUGUUUGUCGACCUUUUUGUUUUUUCGGGUAGCACAGGACUAGAAUUUAUUCAUGAGAGUUGCUCAUA